UUGCGUCUUCGACAGUGGUCGUUCCUGCUGUCGCUGCCACCGCUUGACCGUCAACUUUUACGUCACCGUUUCACUUUUUUCUUCGCGCUAGUCGAACAGGUGAAGAAGUAAAAGUGUUUCGCGACCGAGUCCAACCGUACUUUCUGUUAAAAAUACUCUGUGGAUUUAUCGAAAACUAUGAUAGGACCUAGGGAAAUGUUUCGGGUGAUUUGAAAGUGGAAAAAGUUAUGUACAUUGAAUUGUUGUGUGAGUGAAGUGAAGAAAAUAUGGGUUCGAUAAUGCGUGCAGUGGCAUUAAUUGGAUUGCUAUGUGUCUUCGUUCAAGGUCAACGAUACGUUGUGAGGCAACCGGACGAAGAUGGAUACUACAGACAAAACCAGGACUACUCUUACUCCAUCCCCCGUACACCCAUAGGUUUUCAAAACCGGAACUUUCGACCUCUAGACCGAAACUUCCAUACCUCCGAGUUACCUAUAAAUCCACAACAAAACUUACCUCAAUACAGACACCAUUUCCUUCAAACCGAACCCAACUACAACAUUGGAAACAAAAUAGCCAACACUCCGGCUGGAUUUAGAUCAUCGCCUGAAUACUCCUACGAGCAAAGUUUCCCCGGCCGGUUUCCUCAAGGAGAAACGUUUUUAGGUCAAGUAACCUUAAAUAACCCUUUAGAAAAACCAGAAUCUUUGAAAAGAACCCUGGAAAUCAAUAGCAACGCCUUUGAUGGAAACCAAAGAGGUUCAAAAUCUCUUUCGACUGGUUCGAGGAAUGGCGUAUUGGUGGAUCGAUUAAGGGGUUUGCCGAAAUUGGGUAAAAAUCCUCCAGUUUUUCAGUCGAAUAAGGAAAAAAAUGCUCUGGAUUCCAAAGAUGAUGUUGAAGAAAGUGAAGUGGAAGAAGAGAAUGACGAAGGGAAAGAUAAUUAUGAUAAAUCCGUCAAGGAGAACACUAAUGAUUUGAACAAAGAUGAGGAAUACUACGAUGAUGAACAGGAUGAAGAAUAUGACGACGAAAGCGAGGAAUAUGUUCAAGAAAAUGACGAAACAACUACUCCAUCAAAAACAACCAAAAGUUAUGAUGUAUUAACCACCAAACCAAGUACUCUGAUGAAAGACAACAAUUUCAACGAUUUUGUGGACACAUCAUCCUUGCAUACUACCAGCCAAAGACCGAAAACCAAUGAUGCAGAAAAAGAAACUCCCAUGACGGUGUCUGUUUCCUCAUCUGUUGGUACAAAAAAAGGAACCACGAAGAUCAACGAUGAAGAUAAAAACGACAAGAAGACUCAGAAAGAGUACCCAGAGCUAGUGGUGUCUGUAGUUACUAGUAAAACUAUAGUCAAUAAUACAGUUGUCGCUCCUGUUACUACAGCUGAUGGAUUGGUUUCUUCCACUGAGUCUUUGUCAAAUCAAACGCUUUUGGAUGAUAAUUCUACGGAAUCCUGGAUAGUAGUAGCAUCAGUGCAAACCAGCCGCAGCGUGUCUGGAGCCAGGUAUAUUCCGUUUUCCGUGAUAGAACAAGACGAACGAGUGAAACUACUCAACGAACCAGACGAAAUGGAAAAUAGUACAAACAUAACGCCUACAGAGGACGAUUUCUCAACUGAAGAUGUUCUUUCCACAUUGCCGGAAACGUCCACGAAAAUUAAGACGUCCACGGAGAGUCUGAUCGACAAGUUGGACCGAGUGCAGUCCGAUCUAUCCAGUGGAUUAUUGACAGGUGGAUUUAAAAACGAUAACAUAGCCGUGAUAAAAGAAAACAGUCCAGAUAAAAUGGAUGUGUCGACCAUGGAAACAAUAACGUCGACUACUACACCAACUAUACCCACGACAACCAAGCCAUACCCUCAAGUUAACAUCAGAAGGUAUUCGCCUGGUAAUCGACCAACCACACCGAAAUCAAAACGACUCUUGCCAAAAGCAACUAAACCCAGUGAGACAAGCAAAGCAGGUGCUCCAAAAGCAACAGCUCAAGACGACAUAACCUCAUUAUUGCCUCCUGGUUACAAACCUAGAGCAAAAGAGGGUAGCAGCGCUGGACUUCUGCAAGAGAUAUUUGCAAAAUUGAAACCAUCAGACACUAAAGCUAACAAUUUGGAAAAAGUUAACAGAAGCGAAGAGCUGUUGAAAAACGUUAAAGAAGUUGAUAUAGCGGCUUUUCUACCUCCUGGAUUUAAACUUCCUCAAAGUGAACAUUCUACCGAGAAAACUCCAGAUAUUUCAAGUCUUCUUAAAAACGUCAAACCCGUAGAAGACAUCAGCUCUCUUUUACCACCAGGGUAUAAACCACCUAAAUCUGCCGACACUUCCGAUAUUUUCGAAAAAGCUAAACCGGUAGAUAUUAGUGCUCUUCUGCCAAAAGGUUAUAAACCUCCUAAGACCGAUGAAACUACCAAACUAUUCGAAAUGGCCAAGCCUGUUGAUGACAUUAGUGCAUUGCUACCUCCUGGAUACAAACUUCCGAAAACAACUAGUACCACGAAUUCUCCGAUUUCCGACAUUUUAGCUAAAGCUAAACCGGUAAAUGAUAUCAGUGCUCUUUUGCCACCUGGAUACAAGAACAAGCCUGGACCAAAGAAUGCAACCAAGGGUGUUGACAAUCUGCUAAAGAACGCCCAACCCGUCGACAUUAGCGCCUUCCUUCCACCCGGAUAUAACAAGUUUAAAACUUCCACACCUAAAACUCCUGUCACCAUUAGUCAAGAACUGCCCUCAAACCUACUGCCGCCUGGUUAUAAAGCUCCAUCGAAAACCACAAAGGUUCCAGAUAAUUUACUACCUCCAGGCUUCAAAGCAGCAGAAGAAACUAAGGAGACUACAACUAGUUCGGCACCUGUUACUAGUACUGCUGCUGGAACUGUUAAAGUUGUUUUCCCAAGUAGACCUGGGGGUGCUAGGAAGACUGCUCGCAUAACUACGCCUAAGCCUGUUGAAAAGUCCAUUAAUAAACCCACUUCACCAACAAUACAAAAAGGAUGGCCUGUCAGAGCAAGCACUGAAUUCACCGGAUGGCCUACACCAUCUACGACUCCUAUUUCUAUCGAAAAACUACUAGAAGCUGCAAGAACUGCUUCUACGAGUACUUCAACUACAUCGUCCUCUACAACAGUUACUACCACAAGAACUACUACCACCACCACUACUACACCAAAGCCUACUACUCCAGGUAUUUGUACUGGAGACUGUGAUUUAGCGGGAACGAUUAAACUUAUUGGUGGAGCAAAAUGGGCUCCUGAAUUACUCGAUAGAAACACUAAAGAGUAUCAAAUAUUGGCAAAUGAUGUCGAAAAUGAGCUUGAAAGUAUCUAUAGCAGCUCUCCAGUGUUGAAACAAUGGUACAGAAAAAUUAGAAUUGAUGGAUUCAGUGAGGGUAGCGUACUGGUGGAUUAUUUGGUAGAAUUAAACGAAAUCGGUCGACAAGUCGAUACUCAGGAGAUUAAACGGCUUUUCCAUCAGUCAUUGAUGGACAGCAGUCCAAAGAAUAGGGAACCAAAAUCCCUUAAUCAAAGUGCAGUUGCUGAGGCCAGAAUUGCAUUGGGCCAGUUUGAAGUUGACCCAAAAUACACUGACUUUGUUGUAAUACCAAAAGGAAACAUUCCAACCAUAGGCUAUUCAGACGAGAAUGUACUAUUACCUCAAUGGGCUAUUGCUGUUAUAGUUAUAGGUUUAGCAUCUCUGCUCUUUGUAAUAAUUUUUGGGGCUACUGUGCUGGUUAAUAGACAUAAGAACUCAAAGAAGAGUCCAGUUCCAUUGACGGAGGAUAUGCUGAACGAUCUAAAUAAAAGCCACAUGGGUGGAUUCGAAAAUUUCGGAGCUGAUGAUUUUUACAAUAUGGACGACGUUUGGGAAAACAAGCCCUAUGAGAACAAGUUCCACAAAAAGAGAUCGGAUGGAUCCAUUCACGACAACAGCAUGUCGAACCUGUACGACAGCUGGCGCUCAGAAUGGAACCAGAACAUGUACAGCGGCUACUACCCGCACGCCAGCAGUCAACACAGCGGCUACAGCGGUCGUAGAAGGCCGGACUAUGACACCAAUUUUUAAUUUAAUAUUGGCAACAGGGAGCCAACAAAUUUAUAUAUGGUCAAUUGGAUUCGGUGACUUACAGGUUGGAAAACAGAUAAAAGGGAGAACCGAGAAUUAAAAUUAGUUUAUAGUGGUUUUACAACUGAUAAUUUAUUUGACAAAUUACUUUAAUGAAAUAGUUUGUACAGGGUGUUUCACUAAGAAU